ACCUAUUUUACCGUUUUGCAAACAGACUUUUUCCGUUUUUAGGCUACAUUUCCUAUUGCUUCCGGUUGUUCGGUAUUUCCCGGAAGUUUGCACAGCACCGCAAAAGUACAGCGCAAUGGAGCCUUAUGAUGUGAUAGUGAAUCAACCGGUCGUCAUCGACAACGGUUCCGGAAUGAUAAAGGCUGGCUUCGCUGGCGAUCACAUACCAAAGUGUCGUUUUCCCAAUUAUAUGGGCCGGCCGAAACAUGUGCGUGUAAUGGCCGGCGCACUCGAAGGGGACAUGUUCGUGGGACCAAAGGCGGAAGAUUAUCGGGGACUGUUAAGCAUCCGCUACCCGAUGGAGCACGGUAUUGUGACGGACUGGAACGAUAUGGAAAAGAUCUGGACGUACAUCUACAGCAAGGAUGAGCUGUCCACCUUUGCCGAGGAGCAUCCGGUGCUGCUUACCGAGGCACCACUGAAUCCGCGAAAGAACCGUGAAAAGGCGGCGGAAAUUUUCUUCGAAACGUUCAACGUGCCCGCACUGUUCGUGUCGAUGCAGGCCGUGCUGAGUCUGUACGCAACUGGGCGCGUCACGGGGGUAGUGUUGGACUCGGGCGACGGUGUAACACACGCCGUGCCCAUAUUCGAAGGUUUCGCUAUGCCGCACAGCAUCAUGCGGGUGGAUAUUGCGGGCAGGGAUGUAUCUCGCUAUUUAAAGACAUUGAUCCGGAAGGAAGGGUUCAGCUUCCGCACGACGGCCGAGUUUGAGAUAGUACGCUCGAUCAAGGAAAAGGUAUGCUCGCUGGCGACGAACCCGCUAAAAGAGGAGACGGUCGAUACGGAAAAAACGAAGUACGUGCUGCCGGACGGAAAUGUGCUUGAGAUUGGGCCGGCGUGUUACCGGGCACCGGAAGUGCUGUUCCGCCCGUACAUGCUUGGGGAGGAGUGCGAAGGCAUACACGAGGUGCUAAUAUACUCGAUCCAAAAGUCCGACAUGGAUCUGAGAAAAAUGCUCUACCAGAACAUUGUAUUAUCGGGCGGAUCGACCCUGUUCAAGGGUUUCGGCGAUCGAUUGCUAUCGGAGAUUCGGAAACACGUGGCGAAGGAUAUGAAGAUUAGGAUUGCCGCCCCACAAGAACGUAUCUAUUCGACCUGGAUGGGUGGAUCAAUUUUGGCCUCUCUCGACACAUUCAAGAAAAUGUGGGUUUCCAAGCGAGAGUUCGACGAAGACGGUCAACGGGCGAUUCAUAGGAAAACGUUUUAAGUUG